GCCGACUUGUAGUACGAGUGAGGCCAUCUUUGAUCGACUGCUCCUUCAUCUGCCUAACGAGCUCGAACUUGGAUCCGCUCGACCUAAAGACCCCGCCUUUCGACAGCGGCCCUGCAGAAGCGGACAACAGGCGCGUGUAUCACGUGACAAUCCAGAGGAGGGGGAAAGCCUUCUACGUCGCGACGUCGCGCUCCAAUCAGUCACUACUUUCUUCCUAGCUAGCAGUGGUUGAGCAGCAUCCGCGCAACCAGCAUGAGCCUCAACCUUUCGGGCGCGCCCGACGUGUCCGUUUACACGGACCCGACGAUCCAAGCGCGCUUCGACGCCCUUGUCGAGCCGCUCCAGGCCUCGCUGGCUCAGGCGGGCCAAUCGACGACGCCGACGGCGCCUGGCAAGGACAACCUUGAUGGCGCGGGCCUGGCGGACCUGGCAUGCGCCAUCCAAGCCUUUCAGCAUAAGCACCUCGGCCAGGACUCGGCAAAGGCCCAAGGCAAGAGUAUGCAUCCGCCCAGAAUCCCUGCGCAUUUCUUCCUCUUUGGCCCUACGCUCUCGACAGUUGCCCAGACUGGCCCCUCGUCAAAGGAUGCCGUCUACCAUGUCCUUGAUGCCGCGCUCCAAUUCAUCGCUUCAAAGGGGAAAACGACCUGGGCCGAUUUCGAGGGCGACGAGGCAGUGGACACAUACAUCGACAUGGUGGCCUCGAUCAGAGAAAAGCUGAGAUCGGCAGGGAUCCUCAAGCGCUUCAAAGUGGCCGCUUCGCAGGAUCUCAUGGGUGCAGAGGCCGAGGACUGCAAGAAGGUGGCAGAGGCAAUGGAGUGCGAGUGGGUCUCGGAUCCGUCACAAGCUACGCAUGUUGUCUUCUCCUCCGAGACGCCUCCUCCUUCGCCGUCUGGCUCCUCCAACCAGGAAUAUUUCCGGACUUUGGCCAGAGUCAAACUGUCCAAGGGCCGCGAAGUGUCGCUGAUCCACGUCUGGUAUCGUCCCGACUCGUACGACUCCUGGCUCCCUGCCGCAGAUUUCGCCGACCCAGAGCCAGAGCCGCCCGCAAAGGACGGCCAGCCGUGGCUCGUGGCCACACGCUGGCUGCGGGACAGCGUCAGAUACAACGAAUUGAUGAAUGAGGAAGACUACGAGAAGGAGGACGACGAGAACAACAAUGGAGCAGAGGCCGUGACGACAGCAGCCACACAGUCGUCGACGGCAAGCGCAGGAUCCAAGUCAAGAAAACGUGGUCUCCCUGAGGACGUUGCUGCCGAUGAUGACAUCGUCGAGGAAGACGACAGCGUUGCGCCAAGCAGCAGCACGUCGACGGGCAAGCGCAUCAAGCUCCUCGUCGCUGCCAAGCCAGUCGGCGCUGUGGCCAUCGACUUGACAGGUGCGAGCGGUGCCCCUCCGGGUCGAAACUACGAAAAGGAGCCCAUUAGUGGGGGUCAGCUGGGCAACUUGCCUCCAGAGGGGGAGCCCACCAGAACCGAAGUGGGAGCGGAAGCAGAUGGACAGAGCAGCAUCCCCCAGGUCCGAGUCGCUGGUACCAGCGGCGACGUCACCAUGGCCGACGAGCCAAGCGCAGCAGAAAUUGCCGCUGCACAGCAGGCGGCAGAAGAGGCAGAGAGGUUGGCGACGGAGUCAGUGGCGAAAAAGUACCUGGCCGAGCAGACGCAAGAAGUCAUCAUCCCGUCGUAUUCGACCUGGUUCUCCUUUGGCAGCAUCAAUCCCGUCGAGAAGCGCAGCCUGCCAGAGUUCUUCAACAACCGCAACCGUAGCAAGACGCCUGCCAUCUACAAAGACUACCGCAACUUUAUGAUCAAUACAUACCGACUCAACCCGAGCGAGUAUCUCACGUUUACGGCCUGCAGGCGAAACCUGGCUGGCGACGUCUGCGCCAUCAUGCGCGUUCAUGCCUUUCUGGAGCAAUGGGGCCUGAUCAACUACCAAGUCGAUCCAGAGACGCGACCUGCGUCGCUUGGUCCACCCUUUACUGGCCAUUUCCGUGUCACCGUCGACACCCCGAGGGGUCUGCAACCGCUGCACCCUGGCACGCGACGGCCUUCGCAAUCCGGCAUGCCGCCGCUGCUGGCGCCAAUGGCCAACGGGAAGGCUCACUCACAGCAGACUGGCGGUAAGCCGUCGACGGAUCUUACAUUGGAGCUUCGUCGGACCAUCUACCAGACAUCGAUGAAGCUUUCCAGGCCCAUCGACACCGACGCGGCCAAGUCGCUUGCGGAGGCCGCCGAUGCCGAGCUUCGAGCGGGUGCCGGAGCUGCACCUUCGUACUCGUGCGACACCUGCGGUGCCGACUGCACGCGCACCCGCUACACGAGCAUCCGAGCACCUGCACGUGGCGCAUACAGCGGCGGAUACAACCUCUGUCCCGGCUGCUACCUGGAGGGACGCUUUCCCUCGAGCAUGUACAGCGGCGAUUUUGUCCGCAUCGACGACGGUCCCUUCAAGCAGGCCGCUGAUGAGGGCAACGAUGAAUGGAGCGACGCCGAGACGCUCAGGCUGCUUGAGGGCUUGGAGAUGUACGAGGACGACUGGGGCCAGGUUUCGACGCAUGUGGGCACGCGCAGCCGGGAGCAGUGCAUCACCCGCUUUCUUCAGCUUCCCAUUGAGGACGCCUUUCUGGAUGGAAAGGACGGCGCAUCGAGGCAGGCCAAUGGGCACGGCGAGGGCGAUCGCCAGGGUAGUCUGCCCACCCAGAGUGAUCUGGGGCCGUUGCAGUACGUGCGUGACCUCAAAUCGUCGAUUCCUUUUGCCCAGACGGACAACCCUGUCAUGAGCGUCGUGGCUUUCUUGGCCAGCGCCGUGAGCCCGGCCGUGGCGAGUGCAGCAGCGCAGAGCGCGCUGGGCGAGCUGACGCAGGGCCUCAAACGGCGCGAGGAGCUUCGGGAGAAGAAGCGUACGGAAGAAGGAAGCGGCGAGGGCGACAAGGAGCGGGAGCAGGACGCCAUGGAUGUCGACAAGGACGGCGGCGAGGUGGCAGCAGGCGAAGAGAAGCGAGCGGAGGGAGAGACGGACAAGAGCAAGGACCCGAACCGGGCAAAGAUCACAGGCGAUGCCGACAUCACUGUGCAUGUCAGCGACGCAGUCAAGGCCCAGGUCCGUCAGGCAAGGGAGGAGGGCGAUGCGGCCGAUGGGGAUGAUGAAACGCUGCCGCACAAUGCCGUCGAGCGGGCCGCAGCGGUGGCUCUCGGUGCUGCCGCUGCCAAGGCCCACCUGCUGUCGACCUUUGAGGAGCGCGAGUGCCAACGCCUUGUGGGACAGGUCAUUGAGGCGCAGAUGAAAAAGAUGGAGAUCAAGAUGGCCCAAUUCGAAGAGCUCGAGUCGCUGCUCGAGGAGGAGCGAAGGAGCCUCGAGUCUGGUCGGAAACAGCUUUACCAGGAUCGACUGGCCGUGCAGAGGCAGAUUGCCGCGGUGCACGACCUGAUGCGCAAAGCCUCGACGCAGCCGCAGAGCGUGACGCAUCGCGACGUCGCGGGCGUUAGCUCGGCCGUCCAGGGCCUCAACCAGCAGGGUCCCGUGGUCAGGCAAGUCAGUGAUGCAGAAGCAGCAGCGACACACCAGCCGCCACAGCCGCCACAGCAACCUACGGCUCAGCUGGACGGGGCGGCAGCAGCAGCAGUGGCAGCACCGACGGCUCCUCCUCCGGCCAACCUGCAGUCUCUCUAGACGCUGACAAACCUUGUAAUAUCUCUUCCCCUGAAUGGUUUCUUUCCCCUCUUUUCCCUCUCUAUGUAUGGUGGUGUAUCGUCUGCUCGAGAAUUGAAUAAAGUUCUGUCA